CUUUGGUUUAGAUGAUGAGUUUUUAAGGAAGAAGUGCGUGCUUUGAAGGAUUUUUACAGUCCUUUGAAAUUAUCUGGGGUCAGCUCUUCAUUGCCAGAGGUUGUAGAGCAGAAGAGUCCGAUGAGGAAGCUUAACAUCAAGAAGGAAGAAGUUGCAGAGGAUUACUGCUUUGUCUGUAAAGAUGGAGGGUUGCUACUUAUCUGUGAAUAUAAGCAUUGUUUGAAAGCAUAUCAUCCUGAGUGUGUGGGAAAGGAUGACACAUUCUUGGAAACUGGAGAACGCUGGAUGUGCAGUUGGCAUUCCUGCUUUAUUUGCAAUAAGAAACCCAAAUUUCAUUGUUUUUGCUGUCCGAAUGCUGUUUGCCAACGUUGCAUAAAUGUUGCGGAGUUUGUUCAAGUUAGAGGAAAGAAGGGAUUCUGCAACAACUGCCUAAAGCUUGCUCUACUCAUAGAAGAAAAUGUGGAUAUUGAUUCUGAUGGGGGCAAGGUCGACUUCAAAGACAGGGAAACUUGUGAAUUCUUAUUUAUGGAGUAUUGGGAGAUAGUAAAGGCAAAAGAACACUUAAAAUUGGAAACUCUCCAUCUGGCUAAUAACCUCUUGAAGAAGGGUGAUAAAUAUCGCAGUGAGUCGGAUUCUGAUUGUGAGAAGAUGGACGGUAAAAUCGAAGAUGGAAAAUUGCAAUGGAUGGAAGAACCCGAGGGGCAGAAAUAUUUUUCAAUGAAGAUGUUGAAAAGGAAGGUCAGGUCAAAGAAGAAGGAGUUUAUUGGGUGGGGUUCAAGGCCACUAAUUGAAUUUCUUGCUUCCAUUGGAAUUGAUACAAGCAAACAAUUCUCUCAGUAUGAAGUGAAUUCUAUCAUCAGAGAAUAUGUCAAUAAGAACAAUCUAAUGCAUCCUGUGAGAAAGAAAAGGGUUGUGUGUGAUGAAAGGUUACAGUCUGUUUUCGGAAGGAAAUCUAUCAACCGAAAUAAAAUCGAUGACCUACUGGAAUCACAUUUUUCUGAGAACAUGGAAGAGUCAGAGGAAGAUGAAUUCAAAUGCAGUUCGGAGGACAUGGAGGAGGAUGCCUCAAAGGCCUGUGAAAAGCGGAGGAUAUCAAGCUCAGAAAGAACUCAUAAAAGGAAAAAAGAUUUGGAAGUUGUUCCACAGAGCUGUUUUGCAUCUGUAACACCUAGAAACAUUAAGUUGGUUUAUUUGAAAAGGAGUUUGGUUGAAUGUCUUUUGAAGAGUCCAGAGACAUUUGAGGAGAAAGUGGUUGGUAGUUUUGUGAGGGUCAAAUGUGAUCCCAAUGACUACUUGCAGAGAUGUUCUCACAAGCUUCUUCAAGUUACAGGCAUAAAGAAGGCCUCAGGGACAACUGAUUUCAGUACAGAGAUCUUCCUUCAAGUUUCUGAUGUGAAAAAAGAAAUUUGUAUUCGUAUGUUGUCUGAUGAUAACUUCCCUGAGGAAGAAUGCGAUGAUUUACGUCAGAGAGUGAAAGAUGGUCUGAUAAAAAAGCCUACUAUUGUGGAGCUUGAGCUGAAGGCCAGAAUUCUGCAUGAGGAUAUAACAAUUCAUUGGGUUGACAGAGAGAUUUUGUCGUUACAAAACCUCAUUGAACGGGCAAAUGAGAAGGGGUGGCGCAGAGAACUCGCCGAAUACCUAGAAAGAAAGCAGCUACUUCAAACACCGACAGAACGGUUUCGGCUGUUACAAGAGAUUCCAACAAUAAUUGCAGAAGAAGUUGAGCCUGAAGCUACUCCCCAGGAUUGUCCAUUAGUUACGAAAGAAGCAAAAGAUGAAUCACCAAGAUCGAUAAUUGUGGGGGCUUUGGGAAGUUCUUCUGAGAAUUUAGCUGGUAAUAUAACUGUAUCAACUCAGAUGGUUGCAAAAACUGAUACUGCAGGAGAUGGAGCUUUGUAUGAUUGGAAAUCUCGAAAAGGUGGAGCUGGAGAUCAAAAUUCUGUUCUUGUUCAAGGGGAGAAACAUCAUGCUUGUGUUGCAGAACAUCCACAUCAAUUAGUAAAGCUUGAUGAGCAGGCAAUAAAUAUUGCUUGUGCUGCAGCCAAACAGCGACUCCAACCCAUAGAGGUCGAGGAGAGCAGUAGAGGGAAACUGCUCGCUUGUAAUAUCAUACAGCAACACCAAGCAAUAGAGGUUGCAGCAGAAAGCAGUAGACAGAUGCAACAGUUGGAUGUUAAAGAAGCAGGGAAUAGAGAGACUCAACUGCAGGACCACAAACCAAUAGACAUUGCUGCAGAGAAGCAACACGAUCUACUACAGGUUGAUGAGGAAACCAGUAGAGGUGUGCAGCAGCAAGACAAUCCCACAAAUGUAGUUGCUGAAGGUUCUACAUGCGGUAGCUUGAUUCCUCUCACCGAUGUGACAGAAAAGGAGGAUCAGCCAAUAGAUGUUGAGCACACUGGUGCAGCAAUUGUUGAUUUAGAUGACAACGAUGGAAACUGCACUAUGGUAAAGAGGCAAAGGAUCUCAGCAGUUCAGGUUGUUGAAGUAAGUGAUGAUGAUGAUGAAAUUCCUGAGGAUGAUAGAUGUCCUGGUAAUACCCCCCAAAACCAGAAUCUUGAGGAUCCUUCCAGGUCUAUUUGGCAUUAUGUGGAUCCUUACAAUGAGGUACAGGGUCCAUUCCCAAUGUCAGCGCUUAAACGUUGGGAAGAGAGUAAUUACUUUGCUCCAGAUUUCAAGGUAUGGAAGACGGGUCAGAGCAUGGACGAAGCAGUUUUGCUGACCGAUGCUCUUGGCCAUUUCUUCCCAAUGAGUUGAACACGAUUGUUGGAAUCAACUUGUAUUUUUGUGAAUAUUUGAAACAGUAGACUUCUUCUGAAAUGUUUUAUGGCUAGUUGUCAGAUAUCAUCUUGCACGUUGAAAUUAAAACACGAGUCCUUUUGGUGUCAAACUUGUUGCGUUUGGUUUCUCU